UUGUCUCAGCGCUGUUUCUCCACGCGCUGUUCAAAGUCAAGUCUAGCGUAAAGGGAACUACAGCUCUCAGCCCCAACUUCAGCAACCCUGGGCACCUUGUCUCCGGUCGUAUGGGAGCAACAGUACCAUUUGGAGCAGGAAAUACGCGUGCCAUGUGGUAGCAGUCUGACGCCGCGUUUCAUGGAUUAUUUCAUAAAGCUCACACCUGCAGCUGACUGUCACUGAGGCAGGAUGAACGGCUAUGACACCCCGACCUCCAAUGUCUUUGGUUCCUACAGCUCCCAAAUCAAUGGCCAUGGCUCAUCUCCAGAGCCUUCAAAGUCUAAAGCCAAGUCCAGUGCCAAAGCUCUUUAUGGAAGAGAAGAAAUGUAUUUCCUUCGCUCAUCUGCCAAAAACAAAAAGCGAAGUCAAAAACAAAGAAAACACUACACAAAAAAUAGCAUCAACAGCCUGACGGACACUUCACAGUAUCAUGUGGAGCACCUGACCACAUUUGUUCUGGACCGUAAAGAUGGGAUGAUCACUGUGGACGAUGGGAUUAGGCGCCUGCGCCUGCUUGAUGCCAAAGGCAAAGUGUGGACUCAGGAGAUGCUGCUGCAGGUGGAGGACAAGGCCGUGAGCCUCAUAGACCUGGAGACCAAGAAUGAGCUGGAAAACUUCCCCAUUGGGACGAUACAGCACUGUCAGGCUGUAAUCAACGCCUGCAGUUAUGACUCCAUCCUGGCGUUGGUUUGUAAAGAGUCGGGGCAGAUCAAACCUGACCUGCACCUUUUCCAGUGCGAUGACAUCAAGGCAAACCUGAUCCAUGCAGAUAUUGAGAGUGCCAUCAGUGAUGCCAAAGGUGGAAAAGUAAAGAGGAGGCCAGAGACGCUAAAAAUGAUCCUAAAAAGUGAUGGGAUCAUCCCCCCACCUCCUGCUGCCCCUGCCCCCGAGCCCCCUGCUACUGACACUCAGGUGGAUGUGAAGAGUCGUGUGGCAGCCUGGUCUGCGUGGACCAGUGAGCAGCAAGACUAUGAGAAGCAGAGAGUGUACGAGCUGGAUGGUUCAGUGGAGAUGACAGCAGCUCGUGUCGACAGAGAAGUGCAAAUAUUGAACCACCUUUUGGAUGACAUUGAGUUCUUUGUAACAAAACUGCAAAAGGCAGCAGAAGCUUUCAAUGAGCUCUCCAAGAGGAAAAAGUCUAAAAAGGGCAAAAGGAGAAGUCCAGGAGAGGGCGUCCUCACUCUGCGCUCCAAGCCUCCGAAUGAAGAAGAGUUUGUUGAUUGUUUGCAAAAAUUCAAACAUGCCUUCAAUCAGCUGGGAACACUGAAGGACCAGAUUCAAAACCCGAGUGCUGUGGAUCUAGUUCACUUCCUGUUCAUGCCACUCAAGAUGGUGAUCCAGGCCUCAGGCAGUGUGGAUUUGGCUCGUAGCGUCAUUGUUCCUCUCCUCACAAAAGAAGCCAUUGACUUCCUCCAUGCAGCAGGCACAGCAGAGGAGAGACACAUGUGGGUGGCACUGGGGGAUGGCUGGACCAAGUGCAGGUUGGAGUGGCCCAAAGAUCACUAUUUCCCUCCUUGUGUUCUGAAGUUUCGUGAUGGUUGGGAACCUCCAGCUAUUCCCAUGGUCCCCCCCUCACGUGAACAGGAGCUGGCACAUUUGGCCGAGAGCCUGGCGAAUGCUGACAUCCAGAGGAAUGAGGAGCUGAAGCUUCGACUGGCCCAAGAGCAUACAGCGCUGCAGAGGUUUCCUCCUGGAGACGGGUAUGUCAACACCGCAUACAAACGCAUGCAGGCUUUGGACCCCAACAUGGCCGUGGCCACUUUUAGGCAAGCUGUCACCCGCUGUGUCGACCGGGGGUAUGAGGCUGAUGACAGAGGUCAAAAUAAGCUGAUCGCCAAAUCAAAAUAUGACUUUGUUGCAAGGAAUAAUACAGAACUGUCAGUGUUGAAGGAUGAAGUCUUAGAGGUUCUUGAUGACAGAAAGCAGUGGUGGAAAGUCCGUAAUGGUUGUGGGGCAUGUGGUUAUGUGCCAAACAACAUCCUAGAGCUCACCAAAGCAGUGGACAUAACAGGUAGAGGAGAGCCCGUCUACAGCCACACUAUCCAGCUUAUGAUGCCAAAGAAGGAGUUUGAGUUGUUCAAGAAGCAGUCCACCAGACCAGAGCACUCUAAACCAGUGGUGACUCCAAUGCCCCCGACACCCACGUCCCCGAUGUCUCCUGUGUCCCCACCCCCUCCUGCCCCUGCUGGCCUGCCCACUCCACCUCUGCCCCCUCCCACCGGUGAGACCCCCAAACCCAGCAGCUGCAGCAGCACUGUGAGUCGCCACAACAGCACCACGUCCAGCGAGGGAAAUGUUGCCAUGAGGGAGCACAGCCAGGCACAACCAGCCAUACCUGCAAACAGGAGGAAAUCCAACAUGGAGGAGGUGCAGGAUGAGCUCAUGCACAGACUGACUUUGGGACGAAGCGCACAGAAGAAGUUUCAGGUGCCGUGCCGAGGCAACAGCCAGCAGACUGUCAACAUCACAUAUGAGUCCUCUCCAGACGACGUGCGGAGCUGGCUCGAGACCAAAGGCUUCAGCCCUGUGACCAUCUCAAGCUUGGGAGUCUUGACUGGUGCCCAACUCUUCUCUCUGAACAAAGAGGAGCUGAAGACAGUUUGUCCUGAUGAUGGAGCUCGAGUCUACAGCCAAGUGAUGGUGCAGAAGGCAGCGCUGGAGAGGAGCUCUGGUGCUGAGCUGCAGGAGAUCAUGAGGAGGCGACAGGAAAAGCUAGCGGCCUCCACCUGUGAUUCAGGGGUGGAGUCUUUUGAUGAAGGCAGCACUCACUGAGAGUCCUCCUUUCAGUUAAGCUUUCAUUCACAGCUACAGUUUUGUCUCAUGCUGUCCAUGUUUAGGCAGCAGAGGAUCAUGCUCAUUUUGUGGAGGUUAUGCGGCGCCGACAGGAGCUUCUCAACUCUUCUCCAUAAGGACAACGCAUGAAGUCUGUUCUAACAUGCACCAACUCUGCCUGACCAAGAAGCCUAAAGGACUUGAGGAAACUCAGUGGGUUGUUAUUACCAUCACCGCUCAGUAUUACGGCUACAAGCUCCACUUUGUGCCUAAUGUUUUCAAUCUGAACAGGCCCUGAAAAGUCCUGUGCGAUUUGUAUUCAUAAAACAUAUGUCCUGUGUUUAAUACUGCAGUGUUUAAUACACACAGUUUUAUACAAAUGUAAAAUAUCUAUUACUGAUUAAAAACCUAUCUAGUCUUUCUUUUCUCUUCUGUCCUCUAUUGACUUAAGUUGGUUAAAAGCUGAGCCAAGGUUGGUUAAAAAUAGACGGCUUGUAAUAGUCCACACUUUGUCAGUGAGAGAUCUCCAGAGAAUGCUACUAUACCUCUACCUGCAAUUGUGAAGGAAACUUGUGUUUUGUGAGUACAAUUUGACUGAUCACUCAGAAUUUUUUUAUGAAAAAUUCUUAAGGCACAAACUGGAACUGAUAGCUGACAUGUGAAUGUAAAACUGUAACAAUUGUUGACUAUUGACUAUUCUCUUGGGAAUAUCCAGCUACAAAGUACAGUACAAAUAACCACCUAUGAAAAUUAAUAUUUAUGUAUAUUUGCUCUUCGGGAAGCAGUAUCAAAUGAGUUUUAGUGUGAUAUGAAAUGUUAAUAAAUAAGAAUGGAUAAGGAAUGUCUUUCUGUAAAAGACUUAGCUUAGACAAAUUGAGCAUUUUUGCACAGGAAAAUGACUUCUCUGAUCAUGUGUGGAUCUUAAAUUCAAGUCAUUGUGCAAUCUGAGUGAAUGUAGUAGCUGCUCCUGCUUCUUGUAUAAGCUCCACCAAAAGCAACCAGUAGCCUCACAGGUGCAUGUAAUGUUGCUAGCCUGAUUUGCCCAAGACGUUAGAAUGUGUAAAUAUUUUUAAGCAGUAGGAUUGUAUUGCUACACAAUUUACACCCAGUCUGCCCAUGUCUCAGAUUGUGUCAUUCUGAAAGUACUUUUUAGAUUGGAUACAAACCCAUUUUGUAGUUUCAUUGGUCUAAGAGCAUUCAUUUUCACUCAGGUGUUUGGGUACUGGCAGUUGCCACAACUGUUUGUCUGGAAGUUUUGAUUUUUCCAGGUCUGCAAAAAAAAAAAAAAAAAAAAAAAAAAAAAGGACCACAAACUGUUUGUCCAGUGGAGCAAAAACAUGAACUAGGACUGUUUUGAUCUGUAUCAGUCUCAUGAGUCACACAACUGUAUAACUGUGUAUUUGAUUAUAUAAGUAUGUGUUCAGACACAAGAGGUAAACAAUAAAAGGAGUUUGAUUUCCUGUCACCAUUUGUGACAAUUGUAAUACUGAUUUUGAUGCACUUAGCCAUUUUGUGGUAGCUCAAAUAUGUGUUUCUAUCAAUACAGAAUAAUAAUGUUCAUGACAGAAAUACGACUGUUUAGUAAACCCACAGAUGCCAAUCAGAAUCAUUGGUUUGAUGAUGCAUUUGUAGACUUUUCAUGGUGCCUUUUCUGUUUGGA